AUGUCGUUUCCAAAGGUGCCCUUAGUCACAGGGGAUACUGACGACGAUGCUUCUAUACACUUGAAUGCGUUCGUAGGCAAAGCAAACCCCCUACCUCGUUCUACCAUCGAAAAUAGGCGUUCUGGCAAUAAUUUUCAACGCGCCGAAGAUGAUAUAAAUACCAUGUUUCGCCGGUUCCAGGAAAGCGGAAGCAUCUCGUUGAGGGAAAACGAAGACCGGAACAGCGACAAGGAAUUGGGUGGUCAAACAGGCGUCAAAAGUGCCCAUUACGUCUACAAUGGUGAAGAAGAAGAUGACGAUGACGAAGAUGACGACUACAAUGAAGGAGCCAAUGAAGUGAAUAAUGAUCCUGAAAUUGACGAUGGAGAAUUCAGCGACGAUGUGAGCGAUCUAAGCGAAGAUGUGAGUGGAAAUAAAGCCGGAAAAAGGUAUAACAACUUGAAAAACAGGUUUCGUGCCAGAAGAGAGAAAGCUUAUUUCGACGAAAACUCAAGGAAAACCAGCCAAAACCGUGGAAAUUCGUCUCAUUCAAGAUCCUACGACUACGACUCGGAAUCUGACGAGGACUAUGUUUACUCUGAGUCUGAUUCCGAUGCCUGGUCUCUUGAUCUGGAACUCACUAAUGUUGAAGAUCCCACCGUAGAGCGGGUUGACGAGCCCAAAAUCUUCAAGUCGAGGGAUAACAGGACGAGAAUACUUCAAAUAAUUGGUGCGGUUUGUGGUUUGUUGUUGCUUGUCGUUUUUAUACCGUUAUUUGUCACUACAAGACACGAUCGAUUGGACAGUCAAGACUCGAAUCCACGUUUUACGGUUCUCCAGCGACGUCUAGGCGACUUGUCACGAAGACAUGAUCAGCUCCAGGCCAGCUUGGACGACCACAGCCUCAAUAUUGCCUCGAAAUUUGAGUAUAUCAGUACCAAGUUUGACGAUCUCGAUCGCAGACUUCAAGCUCAGCCAUGGAGUACGCUUCAGUCUGAAGUGGAACAGCUCAAGGAAAACGUUCGCCAGCGGAAUAUCGACACCACGGACUCAAACCUAGCGGAAUUGGACGAAAAAUUACAGAAAAUCACCAACAUGUACGAUACGUUUGAAGGAGCCAAGAACCUGCUUGUGUCUGAUUUCAUUAACAAGCUACCCGAAAAAGUGCCAGCAUACAUUCAAGACAACAAGAUCCAUUUUGCACCGGAAUUCCACCGGUACUUGCUUGCUUUUAUCGACAAUUAUCACCAACAAAAAGGUAACCAGACAUGGUCCAGUUUUCUCGAUUCCCAUCUGUCAGAACUCAACGCCUACAUUACCAGUGCUCUCAAAAAGUCAAAUGCUGUCACCAAAGAAGUUUUGGAAGAAACUAUUUACAAAAGGCUCACCGACAAUAACCAGAUAAUAUGGGACAAGUUCAAUGGACUCGUCGAUACUUUGGCGGCCAAUUCUACGUCCCUCAAUGUAGCUGCGGAUGGAGUAAUGUUGGAGAGCAUUCUAGAUGUAUUUGCCAAAAGCUCCAAGUCGGUAAACUACGCCGACUACCAAUUAGGUUCAAGAAUCUUGGGUUUUUUGACAUCGGCAGGAACCGAAAGUCAAAAGCUGUUAGCCCGGCGAGUAUUUCUCGGAUGGUACGAUUAUUUAAAUGGUCCAUCUGCUCCCUCGAAUUGGAAAUUCAAUGCCAAUUCCGUCUUGGUUGACGAUGGAAAUUCCUGGCAAUGCGGAGCACAUUGCAGUAUUGGAAUCCGACUUUUCGAUUCGGUGUUACUCACUGAUUUGGUGCUCCACUCAAAUGGAGCCUCGACUGUGUCUAUCUAUGUGAAACCAAGAUAUUCCAAGGAUUUCGACAAGGUGCAAAAAUAUGCUUCUCGGCUCAAAUUUCUCAGAGAUGAACUAGAAAACAAGUAUGCUCGAAAGUUUAUCAAGGUCAAAGAAGCGAAUCUCAUUGGUGAUGUUAACCACAUCCAUAUGCCUCGAAGUCUCGUGAACAUGGAAGUGCCCAUUCGAGAUAUAAUUGUGGAAGUUUAUGGCGACGAUGCCGAAGUAGAGAGUUUGAAAGCGUAUGGUGUCAAAGAGAUGGGAGCUCGGCACUUGCGCCAGGACUUUGGGGCCGUACAGGAGAUACACCUUGGGGAGGAUAUUGUCAUUUAA